GGCAAAUCGACCUCAAGCCACACGCGCGCCCAUCGCUCGCUACGCGAAGCAACGCCGGCCCCUCGCGGCCUCCUGGCCCUCCUCGGCGCUUCUAACACCCUAGUACUACUCCACUCCACCAGCGGGGGCAAAGCACCACGGACGCCGGCGUUCGCACACAGGGCUCGCCUACAAAAGAGAUGGAAAUCGUGCCCGAGGGGACAAACUUUCGAUUGGUAACCGAAGAAGAGCUCCCAGCUGUGGCCGAUAUUUUAGUGCAGUAUAUGCCUGAAUCUCUAAAGUUUCAUCAGACGAUUCAAACAUAUCUAAACAACAAGGUGUGGGACUUCCAUUUUUAUGUAGCGAAGAAUUGGCCCGAAGACCCGAUUUGUGUACACUUCCCCGGAUGUACUAGUACACCCAACUGCCUUCCACACGAGAGCGUGACGGUGUUCUGUCCCUCGGAGCGUGCCGAACUGGUAGACCUGGUGACCUCGGAGGACGUACUCAUCGACCUCACCCAACCCCUGUACCUGAACUUCACGCACGAGGCUAUUGUGAACCGGUUCGAGAGGCACUAUGAAGCGCACGACAAAAUCACCGGAGAUGUCUAUGUCUGUGAUAACCCCCCGAAGGAGGCCUCCACUGAUGGAUUGCCACCGGACGUGGAGCUAGUUCGGCUGCAACCGGAGCACAUGAAGGCCGUGUACGAUCUGUACCCGGCGAGUGAUAUCGAGUGCCGCGAGGUGUUCGAGAAGCUCGUGGCUGAGCUGCCGGCCUACGGCAUCUUUGUGGAGGGCGAGCUCGCUGCCUGGAUGGUGCAGUCCUACUACGGCGCCAUGUUCUCCAUGCAAACGCGCCCUGAGUUCCGCAGGAAAGGAUACGGCAUCUUCUUGGCCCGGCGGCUCACCAAGGAGGUCGCCGCCCGCGGCUACAAGCCCUUCGUCGUCAUUCGUCCGGAGAACGACGCGUCUCGCUCUCUCUACACCAAACUCGGCUUCGAGAGGCGUUUCAGAACCGUACGCGCCGUUCUGCGCCCCCGCUAAAGCGUUGAAAGUUGAUCACUAGCAGAUUUUAUUUUUUUAAUGACUUUUGAAAUCAAUCUAGCUUGCGAUCUUUGAUCGCUUAGAAAAUUUUAGUAGUAGCUUUAAGAUUAGCGGCUGCCGCUGUCGGUCUGUAUGACAACCGUAAUUUGACUCGUAAAAGUUAAGUAUGCCAAUAGCGUUUCUUAAAAAUUUACUGAUCUUAGUCGUGACAACGAAAAUAUAAACCAUUGAUAUUGACCAUAUUUGUUGUUUCCAAAAUAUUGCUAUGCGUUUCUCUCUGCUUAAAACAGACAUGAAAGCGGCCGCCGCGAGCUGCGUUCUCUGGCGCAAGCCUAGUCACUGAUCUCAACGACUCUAACGUGCCAAGAUCUGAUCCGAACCAGUUCCUCUGGACUCUAUGGAUUUUUUUAAAAUUAUGUUUACGAAUUUAUUUGAAACAAACAUCAGCACUACGUGCCUAUCUUAUUUUAAAUAUUAUCAAAUGUCUUUGUUGUUACUUUGUUCCAUCGAUGAAUCGGAUUGUGAUAUGAGAUGUAAGCAAUUAGACAAAAAAACAAUUGAAUGUCAAAUGGUUUCGUCACGCUCUUGGCAUCGUUAGCCUCUCAUUUUAGGCGAACGCUUCAUUACCACUCGUUGAUCGUUCGGAAACUAUUCUGUCUCAUGGUUUAUGAAAUUUUGGGACCCGUUAUGACCUGUGUGAUAAAACGUUUAGUGAUAUGCAUGUUGAAAGUUUGCAUGCGAGAGCCGCAUGAGAAAGAAAGGUUGCCGCAACGCACUCCCCAGAUUGCACAAUUCGAUUAAUAAAAGCACUAUAACGUUAUCCUAACUAAUGCAAUAAGAUUAAUUUAAUAACAUUUUCGGAUAAUUAAAAUUACAUUUAAUUUUACAUCAGUCCAUAGUAAAAAUAGAUGUGACCCAUAAAUGAUUUUCGAAAGUGGAAAAGUGACCGAGAAAUUGUGCUCUUGACGAUUAGAGAGAGAAAAGUUAAGGACUGAAAACUGACUUUAGAAAUCGCAACUACCCCAUCGUCGUAAGCAAAAAGAAUACCGUAUUAUUAUCAGAUUAAUAUCGUGAAAAUAUAUUUUAUACAAUUAUAGCUACAGCCAGUUUUCAGCCCGAGCUUUUCAGAAUAGACUGGAUUUUUAUAAAUCGAUUAGUAGUUCGUUGGAUAUUAUGAUGAUAAAAAUCACAUGAAAUUUCAUAUGAAAUGUAGAUAGGUAGGUAUUUUAAUACGGGAGUAUAUUUUACAAACUAUUACAAUUACUAUCUACUUGAGAUUUGCUAUGCGUAUACCAUAAUGCUUAGAUAUUAAUUUAACUAAGUUUUAUUAAAGAGAACGGUAUUAUUAUUGGGUGAUAUAUUUAUUGCUUAAAAUUAGACACUAUUUGUACCUUGAUUUUUAACUUUAUGAAACUACUUAAAGACUGGCGUGUAUGCGAAGAAUUAAAGAUAGAGGCAUGGUGGGACAAUAGGAAAAUAAAGCAGUAUCAAGUCGGAAAUCAUUACUCCUUGAUUAUAUUUAUCAUAACGUCCUCUUAAACUUCAUUGGUGUAUAUUAAUAACUUCAAAAUUAUUGUUUUUUGUUGAUUUCAUCGUUACUCUUUUUUUUGUUUAGGGACCUGUUUAUAAAGAUUCAUAAGUGAAUAUCAAAGCUUUCUUUAAUUGUCUAACUUGUUUUCAUUAUAAUUUGGUAACGGACUAGGUAAAAUUGGCAGAAGCAAUGUCAAAUUUUGCUCAAUACAGGGAGCUUCCAUCUAUUCGUUUUACUGAUACUUGUUGUGUUGAAAAGAAAUUACGGCCAAAUUAUUAACUAUCGGCAAAAAUAUCGUUAUAAAUUGUGCUUGUCUCUAGUCUCGUGGGAUAUGACAGCUAUCCCCUAGGAUAACGAUUACUUCUAAACAUAGUCUACGUUUUUUCUUUAUCAUAAUUAUAUUCUCAAUAGGCAGAUGAAUUCUAUGACAUAAUACUUUAUGUCUUGUUAUCAAAUUUGUAACUAAUUAUCGUUCAUCUGCUCAAUUGAAAUCAUCAUUUCAACAUCAUGCUAUAAGCUUUCCUACUUCCUAAGUGGGUGAAUACCUACGAAUUAAAUAAGUAGUUCGUGAUUUCUUAAAUUAUUAUUAAACUUAAGAUGCAUUUUUCCCGAACACCUUAACAAUGAUAUUAAUUAAUAAAGGACACAAGUUCCGUCCUAUUGGUUGCAGUGAAAUAUAGAAGCAGUAUAUUUUGAACGUCUGCGACAAUAUAAAGAAUGUAGUGUCCGUUCUGUAUUGUUUAACAGUUAAACACUUACCUAUAUAUACCUUGCAAAGGUAUUCAAAACAAAUAAAAUGAAACAAUC